AUGACAGAGCCAGAAGAUCAUAAUCAUCAUCAUUCUUCAGGAGCUUCUCUUGCCAAUCAUGAAAAGUCUGUUUUUUCUACCAUCACUCACUCCCAACAUCAUCAUGUCCCAACAACGAGAAAGAUCAAUCCAUCUUCAUUCUCAUUAUCAGGCUCCUUAACCGCUGCCCAUCCGAAAGCUAAUGUCUAUAAGAAAAGAUUUGCAAGUAAUGCCGUCGUUCCCAUAACAAGUGAUUCAUCAUUUGAAGGGGCCGCACACGACCAUUCCAAUCCAUUCAAAGAGGGAAAUGCUGGAAAUGAAGCGGCAACUACGACGUUGCAACAGCACUCGUUUUUGGAGGAAAAGACGCAACAAUUUUUCAUGUUCAUCAAUGCCUUAAAAUUGGAGCGGUCGAUUCAUCCUUUGUUGUGUUUGAGUAUUCACUUGAUGAUGAUUUAUCAAACACUUUCAUUGGGAGUUUCUAUUGAUUAUGGAUGGGGAGAAUAUGGAAGAAAUAUCAUUCAUGCUCUGGUUACUCCGAGAACGUUUGGAUUUCAAUUUUUACCGUAUUAUGGAUUUGUUGCAUUGUUUGCGAUCAUGUGUCUUGUUGAAUGCUUGGGAGUGAUUAUCAUUUUCUUUACAUAUCGAUCUUUAAUUUAUGGAAGCAAAUAUUGGAAGAAAAUUCGAACAGCUGGUAGAAGUGUCUUUGCAAUCAUGACAUUUCUUUCAUUACCAAUGACAUUUGCGUUAAUGCAAGGUUUUUGGGACUGUGAUUAUUCCAAAACCGUUGAACUUCAGAAAGGUGUCCAAACAUUUGUACUUUCACAUUUUCCAACAGAAGCAUGUUGGGGAACCAUGAAUGCUAUUUUUUCUAUCUUGUCUCUUGUGUUGGUGUUCAUUCAAGUUUUAAUCACAAUGGGAACCGUGUUGAUUUUUUGCGACACUUUCAUGACAUCAAAAGCGAAAUUCUUAUUGUUUGAUCCAUUUCUCAUUUCUUAUGUGAUUGGUUCGAAUCAGAUCUAUUUGAUCAUCUCCAUUGCAACACCCAAAUUUGUUAGCUUUUUAAGACCCAUUUAUUACGCCAUAUUUUCAUUUGGAUUCAUUAUUCUGUUAUUUUGGAAUUUACCAUUUGUGAAAAGAAGAGCCAAUUCUGUGUAUGGAGGUGUUGGCUUUGCGAGAGUUGGGAUCGCUGUGGCCUCACUAAUUGCUUCAUUGGUAAAUCUUAAAGAUGAAUGGGACAUUGGCCUUGGUCUCGCAUUUGGCCCUCCAGUAUUGGCUUUAAUAGGUUUUCUCAUUGGAUUUUUUGUCACCGAUUUCUAUACGAAACAUCUUUUCAAAAGAGGUCUCGAAAUUGUGAAGCGUGCACUCACGCACGACGAAUCCAUCCAUUACCAAGAAUUGAAAUAUGUGUGUGCAUUUCUUCAAUUCUCCAUGAAGGGCACAGAUGAAAACAAACGAUUGAUGUCAGACUUUAUAGAACUAGCCCAAUAUUCAGAUCGACUGAAUGCUCACAUGUUGGUCCUUUUUGCACUUUUUCUGAAGGAUAUUUCUCGUCCUGCUCAUUUCUUCGCCUCUCUGCAACUACUGAGACGAGCCGAAAAUCAAUCCUCCAGCGUAUUCAUGAAAUACAACAUUUUCAUACGAAUGAGAGAAUGUGAAAAAAGUUUAUCGAAUGGACGCUCAAACAGUGCUUCAGAAAUUAUUCUUGAGGGAGUUCGACUCAAGAUGCAAAAACUAAGAUAUUUGAUCAUUCAAUUUUGGAAGAAUUUACUCGCAUCCAAGGAUGUCAACGACGUGGUUCAAGACAUUCAAUCUCUCUCAUCAGAUUGUGAUAUUGCAUUCAACAAUCUUAUUUUAGAGCAAGAAGACGAUCCAUUCUUUCAAAAACUAUAUACUGAAUAUCAGGAAGAAUUUAGUUUCAAUAUAAUCAGUAAUAUUUUCGGAACAAAGGAUGUUCAAAAUGGUGCCAAGGAAUAUGAAAGUAAUUUAUUGGAUGUUCCAAACUUGGACGAUAAUUUUGAAUCAGCAUCCCAAAUCGAAGACGAAACCGUCGACAAACAACAAGAAAUUGUUUCAAAUGCCAUCAACAAACAAGAGGUGAAUCGUAUCCUGUUUUACGUGCUCGUAUCCUUUGGAGUGGUAUCCGCUGCAUUUGUUAUUGUUCUAAUGUCAAUCACACUUCCUCUUUUAACUUACUACACAGAUUUAGAAUUAAUGGGAGCCAGCGCACCACUUCCAUCAUUACCUUACUCGACAAUUGUUAAUAUUGAAAGUAGAAACUUCAAACUUUCAAACGCAUCUGAUUCAGAGACAUAUUCCUCUCUCGAUUUUGGAAUUGCUCAAAUUGAGAAUAUUGAGUUGAUAUUUGACCAUGGUGUCUCUGAUGAAGAAGUUGUGAUCCUUUUUAAUAGCAAUGACAAGAAGUUUGUGUUUGAUGAGAGUACACAGUUAAUGCAAAAUAGUUCCAAUUCAUGGCUUGUUAAAAAGAUGAAACAAAUUAUUUAUACAAGAAUCAAUAACUUCUCAUUACUAGCCCCAACAGACAAUUAUUUUGAAUUUUUGAAGGCUAAUGUUGAAUUUUUCACUCACUGCUUUCUUUCAUUCUUUUCUGACAGUAACACCAUCCAAACCACAAAAAACGAGCAAUCUCAGAUCUCAUUCGUCAUUGUGAGUGCAGCAAUUUUUUGUGUCUAUAUUGUCUAUGUGAUUACAUUUUUCAUUUUUGCAUUCAUUUUCAUUCGACAACGCAAGCUCAUCAUACAACUAUUUAAAAGGAUUCCCAAGGAUGAAAUGAAACAGAUUAUAUCCAAUCUAGAAAAGCAAUCUAUUACAAAGUGUGUGAGUCAUGACAAACUUACAUCAGCUUCUCGUUCAUUCAUUGUUGUGGCUAUCAUUUCUUUUCUAGCGACAUGUUGUGCAUUAUCAUUGACAAUGGUGGAUGGUAUUUAUGGAUUCAAAUCUUACUAUGUUGGCUUACAAAAAUUGCAACUUGCUACAAAAACAAUGCUAUUAUCUCAAGCUCUGAGAUAUCAAUUAUGGAACCAGUUACAACUUGAAAAAAAUUUCACACAAGGAGAAGAUUCAUAUGACUCUGUAGUUUCCACAUUGGGUGAAUUUGAUCGUGUUUGGAGUUCAUUUCGAUAUGGAUCGGCCUUAGAUGGUUAUCAAAGCAUGAUAGAUUAUUCAUCAACCAUGAAAGAUUUAAUUUUAAAAAAGAAUAACAUAAGUUGUGAUGAAUAUAGUUGCCUUUCCAUCGACGACCAAGUUGCAAAAUUCAGAUCUAACAUUCUUCUGUACAAGGAUGUAUCACAUCAAAAUAUCACUCUCUCUAACAUUGAUUAUUACACUUUUUUGAGACAAGAUAGUUUUGAGCUUGUCAUGAGUAUCAGUAAUAUCACUCAAUUAUUAAUCCUUAGUAUUGAAUCCAGCCGUUCUUUGAUGACUAUUAUUGUGGUUGUCGUUUGCUGCCCAACGCUAAUUAUUGCUUCAUUUGUCAUAUUUACAAAUGUUUCAACAAUGCAAGAAGAAAACUUUAGAUUGAGAAAACUCUUCAAUUAUGUUCAAUGGGAAUGUUUGGACGCUGAUGAAGAUAUUCGAAAUUACAUUUUCUUUUAUUUCUUAUCUUCAGGAGGAGGAAGAGCAAAAGUUAAACAAAAGAUAUCGAAAGAGAGAGCAGUUCUUGAGGCAGCAGUGACGUGUGCAGCAAUUUGCAGUGCUGGUGGAACCAUUGAUAUUUUCAACUCGUCAUCUGAAAAAUUGUUUGGAUAUCGUGGAGAUCAAAUUAUUGGGUUUCACUUGUCAAAAUUAUUUGAUAGAGAAUCUGGAUCACAACUUGAACCUAUAUUAGCCAAGAUGGCAUUUAGCAAUGUCAGUUAUGCAGAAACUAUUGAACUCACUGGUCAGAGGAAGAACCAAAGUACAUUUCCUCUUGAACUAAGGAUUUCUGUGGGAGUUUUGGAUGGAAGAAAUAUUAUUUCGUGUUAUAUGAGAGAUAUUACUGAAUACAAGAAACAAACAAAAGAAUUGGCUGAAGAAAAAAAAGAAAAGGUAAGUCAUCAUCAUGAAUUGUAG